ACACAAUUAAAAAAACAACACAAUGCAAAAAAUUUAGCACAAAAAGCCUGGGUCUUGUUUCAAUUGUGGUCAUUUAUGUUAUGUUACAGGAGCUGCAGAAAAUCCUUUCACAGGGGCAGGAAUAUCACAAGGUCCAUCAGAGAUGGCUCAAUAUUCUCCCGGUCUCACAUGUCAUUAUCAUCAUGGAUGAAAAUUAUGCACAGUUUGUCACAGGGUUUGAGGAGAAGACAUGUGGAUAUGCUAGAGGAUGGAGUAUGUGGGAGCAGCAAAUCACUGACUAGGGUGACUACACUUCUACGUGAAAUUUGCUGUGCAGCAGUCAGACGACUGGAGAGAAGAAGGGAAAUGCGAAUUGGAGGGAGAAGAGCUUUCGUAGCGAUAGAUGAGAGCAAGUUCAGACACAAAAGAAAGUAUGGACUUGGACGAUUUGGAAAGACCUGGCGACGUCGCUCGUGGGUCUUUGGGAUGAUGGAAGUCAGGCGGUCCCGUAGACGCCCUGUUUUAAAACUGGUUGAAACUCGAUCCAGGAGGACAUUGCUCCCAAUCAUUAGAAAAUAUGUUAGACCUGGAAGUGAAAUCAUUAGUGAUUGCUGGCGUUCCUACAACCGGUUGUCCCAUGACGGCUACAUACACUACCAGGUAAAUCACCAGAGGUAUUUUGUCCACCCUGGGACUGGUGCCCAUACGCAGCACAUUGAACGGGCGUGGCGGACUUAUAAGGAGGACAUCUACAGGUACAGGGGGAACCUGACAGAGAAGGCCUUGAAGAUGAACUUAAGGUUCAUUGAGUGGAACCACUGGCUCGGGAAAGAGCAUAGGGAGGGCAUUCUUGGACGCUUAUUUAAAGACAUAAGAGCAUUUUACAAAGUGUAACCAGUGAUGAAGUACUGUACUGCGUUGUGUUCACCUCUGUUGUCAUCGUUUUCUGA